CCAGAGACCCCAGCUAUAACCAGGGGAGCCAGAGCCCCUGCCUGGAGCCCAAACCAGGGGUUACAACUAUGAGGCCACAGCCAAUUGCUUGUUAAUGCAUUAAUUAGUUUCUCAUAAUUUAUUAUUUAUAUAGCGCCAUCAGAUUCUGUAGCGCUGUACAUGAAUUGCUCCCUCUAAUUAAUAUAUUGUGAUUAUUAAUCUAAAGAAUGUUAAACUCCGCGCUGUAUAAUGGGCAAGGUUGGGACAAUAUUAUAUUUAGAAUUUGAUUUAAUAAAUAUUUUCUGAUUAUCAGGUAAUGGUAUACGACGCCGUGCUGCGCGUUUCACACGUUGGCGCAAUGCUGGUAAUUUUAUUCACCCUCGUUCUUUCUACCACAGUAAUAAUAAUAAAUCCUCUGUUUUGUGUUGCAGCACUAUACUUUGAAAAGCAGACGCUAAAGAACACCCUUUACAAAGGUAAUACUUCUCCCUUUAUCAAUAAUAUUCAUUUAUUAGCUUGCUGUAAUUCCCUGGAUCGUGCCUCAUAUUCAUUAGCGGUUAGGCUUGAUAGGCUAUAGACACCAUAACAACGACAUGAAGCUGUAAAUGUUUUGGUGACUAUAUAGUGUGCCUUUAAGGUUUCAUGGAUGAAGAGAAAGAGAAAUGUUUUUUUAGAUUUUAGGAGCCAAUGUGGACUUUCCAGGCAUUAGUGAGAGGUCCAGCCCCAGGACUCUGUAUAAAACACAACCACUAAACCGGCUACACGUUGCUAGCAGUAGUAGUGGAUACAGUAAGCGUUGCAAUGAGGUUACCUGUGUCUUGGUACAUUCUUAUUAAUAAUUUUACUAAACUUAUUCUGCUCCGUUUGACACCCCUUCUUUGUGAAAUGAGCCAUGUCUUGGAGAGCGACACAGCCUGGUACUAUGUGACAUCAGUUUCUUCAGUCACAAGCAGAAAUUUUUAAUUCAGGAUUAUAUUCCCUCCAAGAUAAGUUUUAUUUAGUUUUAAGAAAGGUAUGUUGCCAGGGUGCCAAUACACAAGAUGUUGUUUUCCCGGUUUGCUGCAGUGUAUUGGCAUCACCGUGAUGGGACCAUGUACCAUUCUGUUACCUGGCUCAGGUUUUUUUUUUUUUUUUGCACCAUAUUAGUCUAUACAUAGAUUAGCUGGCUGCCGCCCGAGGCCUUCUGGAUAUAUUUGAACUGCACGUUUAUCUCAUCUCAAUUUGAUAUUUUAGGUAUUCACUCCAUCCUGCUAAACCUGUAUUCAGGAAAAGUGUAUUAUUACUUUAAUUAUGGUAGAAUCAAAUAUGUCGCACCAAUUGGUGAAGCAUUUUCUGAGCCGGUGACUCCCAGUCCUGAAGGUGCUGGUGGUCCUUCGUCAGUAUCGCCAGUGGAUCAGAAUGUGGAACUGUCUAAAUACUGGACUGGAAUCACAAUGUAAACUUGAGAGGUUAUUUGCGAAAAAGAUUUUCAGCUUGCUUAAUGUGGUACAAGAUUAGCAAAUCCCUUGUCUGUUUCACCGCAGAUCCCUGUUAAUGACCACCAUUUAAUUACUUGGGAGGCGCCGUUCUGUAUGCUGACAGAUUUAUCUUUUAUUAACGAUAAUCCAUGUGAAUCUAAGGGCCUCCAUCGUAGUUUGUUUUAUUCUUGCUCUAUUUGUAUUUCAUCUAACUUUUUAUUAUUAUUAUUCCCCCUCCCCGUAGAAUGUCUUCUGGAGCGCUAUUCCCCAGCCUUGUACCAGGCUCCAGGGGGUCUACCAGCAAGUACUUGGUGGAAUUCCGAGCUGGUAAGAUGUCCUUAAAGGGUAGCACUGUGACACCGGACAAACGGAAGGGCCUUGUCUACAUUCAGCAAACGGAUGACUCCCUUAUUCACUUCUGCUGGAAAGACAGAACUUCUGGAAAUGUGGAUGAUGUAAGUCACGUACUUCUAGAAUUGUUCUAUUGGGCAAGGGACUCCAGCUUGAGACUUGCAGUCAAAAGUCACCUUCUGUCAUAAAAAAAAAAAAAGGCUUUAAAUGUCUUUCAACCCGACCAAUUAAACUGCUGUUAUGCUUGUUUCUGAGUCUUGAGCUGUAAAUGGAGAAAGGUGUUUUUAAAAGCUUCUUACUGUGCACAGCCUGUGAGCUCACAUUUUAUUAUACUUGUCCUCAUUCUGUGCAGCCAAUAUCUGUUCUCUGUUUCACUUAGCAAGCUUCCGUAUCGACAUUUUAUAAAGCUUUGCCGCUUUCUCUUGCAGGACCUGAUCAUAUUCCCAGAUGACUGCGAGUUUAAGAAAGUGACACAGUGCACCACUGGACGCGUGUUUGUGUUGAAAUUCAAGGCUGGAUCCAAGAGACUGUUUUUCUGGAUGCAGGUCAGUUAGAUGGAAUUAUUUUAUGAUUCCUGUUUAGUGAGAGGUCAUUUCUCAGAAGGUUUAAUUGCAAGAGGUUAAAUCUGUUUGCCACAGUUUAGUCAAAUUCUCUGUUGACGUUAAUUAACUUAAUGAGUGGGGUUUGCCAGUUGGUUGCCAUGUCCGGUACUGACUUUUAUUUUUUAUUUUUUUUCUUGCACAUGCAUUAAACAUUAAAACCACAAGUAUAAAAUGCCAGGCUUUGUUUUAGUGGCACUAAUAUUGGUCUGUUAGUGUGCAGCAUCAGUUCUAGAACUGAGACGUGGGUUAGGGGGUACUUGCCUCAAAGAAUCUGAACUCCCAUCACUUCUAUCCCUAGUGUCCAUGUUUAAGGAAGAAGUUAAAAUGGUUUCCCCUUGUUUUAUGUACACAGGAACCAAAGACCGAUAAGGAUGAGGAGAAUUGCCGCAAGGUAAAUGAGUACCUGAAUAACCCUCCGAUGCCCGGUGCUCUAGGGGGAAGUGGCAGUGGAGGUCAUGAGCUUUCUGCUCUCGGAGGUGAGUGCCUGACAUUUGUCAGCAGAUAUUAUCACCAAUUGUCUAUCUCAGAGGUGCCCAAUAGGGUAGUUCCCCAGAUGUAUUUAAACUACAGCCUCCAUGAUGCUUUGUCAUUCUAAAGGCAUGCAAAGCUUUAUGGGAGUUGUACUUCUCAUAACAUCUGGGGAUCUACCUCAGGGGCACAAUGCCACUUUGUAUACCUGGUGUUAUGGUGUGGGCACUGCCAUGCUCUGUUUAUGCUUAGCUUAUUUUCUAUCUGUAUUUUGUGGUCUGUAGGAGAAGGUGGAUUGCAGAGCCUCCUGGGAAACAUGAGCCACAACCAACUGAUGCAGCUGAUUGGACCCACAGGCCUUGGGGGACUAGGUAAAGUAUCUUAUGCCCUUGGCUGAAACAGCUUAUACGAUCCAUCAUCCUGUACUGGGAUUGCUGCCUUAAAUAACAUUUUCUAUAAACUAGUGUCAUUCAAUUAAGGUGUUCUCUGUAUAUAAACCUUGUGUGUUUAUGUAAACAAGUAGCUCUGUAGUUACAACUCCCAUGACCCUCAGCCUUUCUGUGUCAAGACAGACUGGUUUUGAGUAGUAUGAGACUUCCAGUUUGGAAGCUGUGGAUAAUCUGUGUCUUGUGUCUCACAGGAGGCCUGGGAGCCCUGACUGGACCUGGAUUGGCCAGUUUAUUGGGGAGUGGGGGCCCCACAACAAGCAGCUCAUCCUCUAGGUGAGUGCUGUCUGAUGAAACUGUGUCAGUUUGUCAUUCAAAUUAUUUGUUCCAUUUAUGUUGUUAAACUCUUUUUCUGUAAAACAUAAAACAUGGUUUGAUAUAAGGCCUCACUGUUGAUGAGAGCAGCAUCCACUCUUAAGUAAGGAUAACCUGUAUGUUUUGUAAAGAUUUGUGAGAAGGCCAAUGACCACAGCAGUCCAAUAUGGGGGGAAAAAGGGAGCAGCAACCACUCUUAAAUAAACAUGCCCUACUGUCGCAUCUCCUAGAAAAUGCAGGUGGCCUGGCUGCAGACCUGCCCAUAUGAUAGUGAAGCCACCGGUUUGCGCAGUGAGAUAGCUGGUCCGGUCCCACAGCACACCCUGGGACUGUUACAUUUAACCUGGGAAAUAAAAGGAUGAUAAAUUAUGUAGUCUGAUCAAAGGAAACAACAAAGGACGAAGGGGUAAACACAUUGGCAAGGUGGCAACAACAGAUGGUGAUUGAAGCAGGACGACGUGCACUCUGCAGUGUAUGAAAACAUUCUGGCGGGGCAGUGAGAGACCUGUGAUGGAGGAGAGAUUUAUAGGGAAUGAAAAUCUAUUGUGGAGUUUCUGAUAUAACGAGAGGUACAGCAGGGUGGGGUAUGCGGUUAUGUAGGUAAAUGCAGUAAUUCUCAUUCUUGUUUUGUUACAUAUACAUGAUAUACAGUGUGACUGACAGUCGUUUUACCCAUUAUAAAAGCAUUUCAUUGUAGUUGCUGCUGUUUGGCAAAUCCCAAGCAUAUUUUGCAGCUUUACAUCAGGACACUGCAUCCAGAUAUACACAUUUUCCCACUGCAGCCAACCCCCAGUUCUAUAUGAUGUGUUAUAAAUAGAUAUUGGUUAUUGAUCAGACUAUUACUAGUUUGAACCUCAGUUAAUGAUUGAGCACUGCCAUCUUGUGGUUGAAAAGAAGUAUGUGUUUAGAAUUACCAUUCCAUCUUUGUUUCAUGGAUUAGCAUGCACAUACACACAGGUGUGGACAUCAAAAUGUUGGGUUUGUGCACUAAACCAAGAAGUAUUAAAGGUAAAUGCAAAAAUGCCAAAUUAAACCAUUUCUGCCAAGCAGCUUUCCAGUUUGGCUGUUUUGUCUUUAGAUUUGGAAUUCCCUUGUCUGUAGUGAAUAAACUCCUUUUUAUGUGUAAAAUGUGAAGGGAUGAGGACACUGAAAGCACAUGUAUACACCUCUAUCCAAGAGCACUUGCUGGCCUUUUAGUUAUAGAGCGAUUGGGAGCUCUCCAAGUCUUCCUUUCAACAUCUUAAAGUAACUUCAUAUAAGUCUUUAAGGUUUUCUGCAAAGAUUUAGGAUAAUAGCCAAAUAUUUCCAUUUGUUGACACUGCACCAUGCCAACUGGAAAGGAGGAGAAUAUCACAUUUAUUGGUAAAGUAUAAAUUCUUUCUGUCCAAUCUUAUCUGAUUAUUUUGUGGUAGACUGUAUAUUUCUUUCUGUGAAUUGAUAUAGUUCUAUUUUAAUAAAGUGUUUUAUUCACCAAACCCCUGAAUUGCAGAAAUCAGGCUAAAGCUAAGCAGUGACUGUAGCUGAGGUUUAUUGGAAUGAGUGGGUUUACAUAUUACAAUAAAGGGGUUACAUUGGUUCAAGUUAUUAGUGUACAGAUGAUUAUGGUCUCACUUCUCGUGGAUAAAUGGAACUGGUCAUAGGAAAUUUAUGUCCCAAAGGAGAGGAGUUCCUGGGAAGACGCCUGUGCUUUUUUUUUGAGGGGGGGAUGAUUAGAUUUUGACAGGAGCCCUAAAAGGUGUCUCAUUUGGAUGAAGGGCUUGUGCAUUGCUGUAUUUGUAAUAUAAGCAAUAAUAAAUGUAUUUGUCCAUAUUAAAGGGUUUUCCGAUUCUGCUGUGUCCUCUCAUCCCGACUUGAAAUUCCAUAUUGUUUUGUUUACUCCAAGCAGGCCUUUCAUUGCACCAGAUAAUCCUAUGUUUUUGUUUUUCCCUUUAUAUCCAGCAGCUCUCGCAGCCAGUCAGCAGCGGUUACUCCGUCCAGCACCACCUCUUCCACACGGACCGCCACAGCAGCACCAGUCACUCCGGCUGCCGUUCCUGCUGCUACCCCUAGCCCAGCAGUGAGCUCUGGCAACGGGGCCAGUGCAGCAGCAAGCCCCACGCAACCCAUUCAGCUGAGUGACCUUCAAAAUAUCUUGGCUACAAUGAAUGUGCCGGCCACCGGGGAAGAUGGGCAGAGAGGUACGUGUAUAACCUGUGCAGGGGACUGAUCUGUAGGUCAUUUUUUUUUUUUCCUCUCCACGAUAACUAACCAGUACAAUGCUUUGUAACGCUCCCAAACUGAGCUCCUCCUUACAUAGAAACAUAGAAUGUGGGGGGUGGGGCUCCUGAGGAAUUCAGCAAAUUUUGGGCAAAUACCCACUUAAUUCAGCCUGAAACACACUGGAAACUCGUGGAACAAGAGCUCGGAGUGUCCUGGUGCAGCUAGAGCACCUGAAAUCGGGUGACUCUGGGUCCCAGUGAGAUGCUCUGGGGCAUGGGGACUGAGGCCUACCGGGGGGGAGGGGAGUGGAGCGGACGGCCGCUGCCUCACUUUCCACCCCGACUAAAGAGACCCACAACGCGGCUGGGGCCCUACCGGCCCCGUUCUCCCCCCCCCCCCUUGCAACGGUGGGGGUUAUCCCUGUCCCCACCAGGCAAGCAAACACCUUCAAGGCGCUCCUGGGCGGGUCGCCUUCCGACAGCCACCUUGCGGCCCUAAAAAAAUGGCCGAAAGCAAUGUAACUACCUUGCAGACAGCUGGGGGUGAGUCGCACGGGCCGCGUUGAGGCAGGCCUCACACACCACGCAGCCGAAUCCAUGCACAUCCCUCGAAAGCACAGGUGGUAAAGAGGGGACGACGGCAAUCCACAAACCUACCGCCCAUUCACGCGACAAGCCCAAUAUAUGCCCCACUUGAGAACGCCUUACCUCAGCCUCCUACCACCAAGUCCGCAGACCCUCACUGGGGUAAGGCCCGGAAAAGCGAUCCACUCAUGAAAGCACAACAAUACCGCUACCCACACCCAGAUAUUGAAGUCUGCGCAGCACAACACUCGUACCCACCAUACGACCGAGUAAUAUGACCACACCGACCCCCGGCCACUAUGCCCUGUAGCGGGCCGUUGGGACCCAGCGGACCCUGGGUGACCUGCCGGGUAUAUCCCCAUGUCCAAGAAGAGCAUGCCCAGUAACAGCAUCCACGACACGACCUGUCGGCAGCUCCAACUCCUCACGACGGAAUACAUGAAGGGCACAAGCCGCGGAACUCACUGCAGACACCUCCACCAACAGACACUCUGGCGGCACUCACCGCUACACGGACAUCUAAGUCAGUAAGGUCACACUCAAACUGGCAAUACAUAACAGCCGUCACCACCCUGACUUUUGCAAACGGUGAUCCAACGUGCCGAAAUCUGCCUGGUGGUACUCUACUCUACUUAACUUUCAUUUAAUCUACUCUACUUUACCUUAUUUGACAGACCACCCUAGCUAAGCUAUUUGUUUUCUAAAAACGUCUGUGCACAUGUCUGUUAUAAAUAUAAGCUCACUAACUACACACUCAGCUUCUGACCCUAAGUAACCUCCUAGUAAAGAGCUCCAGACUAUGCGAUGGUCCCCCUUAAUAUAAACAACAGGAUUCAACAAGUUUAAAAUGUACAAAAGGUUAAACGUUAAUGUUAAGCAUGGAUAGCGAGCAUAAGUGCACAAAGACUAGUAUGUGUUUCCAUGUAUAAUGUCUAGAAUGCGCAGGAAGCGUAAAUGCACAUUGCUUAGCAAGCGCUGGAGGUCACCUUGACAAAGAUUAACUCUAUGUACUCAUGUUUUAUUAUUACUUACUCUCACUUGUACUUACAAAAAGUGCAAGUGACACUGUAUACCCCACUGUUACAAAUGUUAUUGGUAUAAGCGAGUGGAAUGCCUUUGGGGUACCACGAGCAUGUCUGUUAAACCUAUAUGCACAAAAAAACAAACAUAUAAUGUGAUGGCAGAUAAGAACCAUUCGGCCCAUCUAGUCUGCCCAAUUUUCUAAAUACUUUCAUUAGUCCCUGGCCUUAUCUUAUAGUUAGGAUUGCCAUCAUUAGUAAAUCAGUUAUGGCAACACAUACAACAAACACAUAUUUAAGAUUAAUGGUGUGAUAUUGUCCCUUUGUACAGCAGCUGCAAAUAAUCCAGGAAAUUAGAAACAGUUAUUCACUUAAAAUUAGCUUGGCAAUUCUCAUUUAGUAAAUAACCCUGAAAAAAAUGCUCCCUUUGCAGGGGGUUCCGCGAGGGCAGGUGCCUGUAUAAAUAUUAAAGGAAUUUAUUUUGUUUUCCUUUCAUCCCUUCGUUUCACUUCAAGAAAAAGGCUCUCAUGGUUAGUCACUAGAAUUAGAAUUGUUUUUAAUAUUUCACAUUUAAAGCUAAGAUAUCUAAGCUGGUAGCAGUGAGAAAUUGUCCUGACUUGGACAAUCCUCACCUUUAGUGAAUGCCCCUGUCUGUAAGCAGCACGGUUUGGAAGCCGUGUGUGACCCUCUCUCUCUUUAUUCCUAGUGGAUUUGGCCACUGUGCUCACUCCUGAAAUCAUGGCUCCUAUUCUGGCCAACGCUGAGGUUCAGGAGAGAUUAAUGCCAUACCUGCCAUCUGGGGAGUCUCUGCCACAGACUGCAGAAGAGAUUCAGAACACACUCACAUCCCCUCAGUUCCAGCAGGUAAGUGGUCUUGGAGUGCAUGGUAUCACGUAUGUAGCUAAAGCAGGGCUCUGGCAGUGUAUUUUGGGGGAUUUAGAUUACUACAUCUUCCAAUCACAGGUUAGAGAUACUGACUGAUCGUAGAACUCAGGGGUACAGAGCACAUUUGGGACUAUUUCAGCCUCUGGGAGAUAAACCUAAAAUGUAUCAGAAGACUUGCCUAUUACCAAGAAAACAGCCUAAGCUGGUACUGUUUGUGCGCUGCUUGAUGGCAACUAAGAUGUACAACUGAAGCCGAUGGGGAGGAGGGGAUAGUAUUGGAUACCAACCAUAUGAACAUGUCAGCAAUUCAACACACAGGCUGAAAUAGGAAAGUCUGGUUUUCAAUUCAGCAAUUUUUAUCCUAAAUUGUAAAACUUGCUUUGAAUUCAUGUUGCGUUUCUGCUUGAGUAACUGUCAAUUUACGAUGGUCAGUUAUCCUCACAUGGCAGAGGGAAUGCAGUUUGUGGCUGUUAUUUAAUGAAGGAAUUAGGGGGAAGAUGUUAUAGCUGAGGGACUUUGUGUGAUCUGUGUGAGGUCACAGCUCUGCUCCUGUCUGCAUGGAUAGUCAAUGUGUUUAAUGAAUCCUGAUGUCCCCUAUAAAGUGAAACAUGGCAUUUCCUGUAAACCUUUCAAUAUGCCAUUGCUCAGUCAGCCAAUGGAGAGCUACUACAGAGGAAUAAUAUAUCAAUGCCUGAUCCCUCUCUCCCCACCGCACACAGGCCCUGAGUAUGUUCAGCGCUGCGCUAGCUUCUGGCCAGCUGGGACCAUUGAUGAGCCAGUUUGGGCUGCCAGCGGAGGCAGUCGAUGCAGCCAAUAAAGGAGGUAUGUUUACCUGUUAAUAAGGAAUCUGCCGUGGCUCAUUUCUGUGAGCGUGGCUUAUUUUGUCUUAUCACCAUAAAGCCAAAUGUAUUUCCAGUAAAAUGCUAAUACUAGUUUUGGGUGCAGAUAAUCUGUCGUAGAUUUCUGCCGUUUAUUUAAUGCUUUGAGCUGAUAUCUCGUUAUUAAACCCGUACAUUUAGUUUAUGAUUUAUCUUUAUUUGAAUGUGUGGUGGUUUCAUGUUAGAAUUUGUAGAGGUCACAUUAUUUCUGUUGGCCGUUUGAUUUAAGGCUAAUUUUAAAUCGUUGUAGUAAUAGAUUAUCGUUAAAAUUUUUUUAAAUUCCUCUCACAUCAAACGGCAGCACGGAUAUGUGAGUGUAAAAGCAUUGCUGACAGAUUAGGAGACACCCAGCAAGGCACUGCCUGAUAUCUAUCUAUACAAUAAGGGGAUGUUCGAUUAGAGCUGAUAUUUCAUAUAUUGUGAUAUUUACCAACAGACUUUAGAUCCAGUUUGUGUUUUGUUUUCCUCUCACUAUAAAGUCCUGUUCUGUUCAUUUCAGAUAUUGAAGCUUUUGCAAAAGCCAUGCAGAGCAGUUCUUCCCAGAAAGAGCGAGACUCGAAGGAAAAGAAAGAGGAGGAAGAAGACAUGAGCUUAGAUUAAAUCCCACCUUGUCCCGUAUUGCCAAGCCUCUGUCAUGGUUUCUUGUUUUAUUUUUGCAAUGUUAAUAAAUGUAUUUCAGCGGCAGAUUCUCACAUUCUCUCUUCCCUCUGGCCCUGGCAU